ACUGGGCUGCCUGCGAGCGAGAAGGAAAGGCCAACUUUGGGCAGCUCCUUGAAGGCUUGAACGCAAGCGGAAAGGCCAGCCACCACACACCCCCAUUCCCACCAAGGACAAAGCCCGAUCGGGUAUCGUUGCAGAGACUCUCUCACGCCGUGCAAGAAACCGUGUUAUUCGCACCGUAAACUCCCCCAGAGGAAAGAGAAGAGCUGAAUUUCUCACAUAACCCGGAACCAUGGCGCCACCACUAAUGAAGAGGCCGUCCCUUAUGGGCGGCUUGCCACUGUUGCUAGCUAUGGCGCCCAGCGUCUUGGCUGAGGACUCGGGGAAGGUUGACUUGGGCGGUCUCGGAGUCCUCCCCAUUUGGCUGGUAGUAGUAAUAGCCAUCAUAAUCGUCGUCCUCUGCAUCGCCUUCGGGUACCUGAUGUGGCGCCGAGCCCACGGCGACCGCGGCGACGUCGAAGCCAUGGGCGCCAACACCGUCCGCGACCGCCGCUUGCAAGAAAGCGAAAACUGGAAGAAGCGGUUCAGUACCGUCGUGCAGGGGAAGGACCAGGAGCCGUCGGGUCUUUUUGGCGCCGGCACCAUCUUGGCGGAUUUGGAGGAGAGCCAUCAGCAGAAUAGCACGCCGACGAGAAAGACGAGCGUGCGGAAGCCGGGAGAGCCGCUGAUUUCGCUGGUCGCGGGUGAUGCGCCUGAGUUGGGGCGGUCGGUGUCUCAGCGGUCCAGAAAGGAUACUACUCAGCAACACACACCCCCUGUCAAUGCGGCGUCGUCGGAUGCGAGAUACACCCGGAAACAGUCGAUUGAUGUGCAGCGUCGGCCGACCGGGGCCACGGGUCGUUCUAAUCUUCGGAAGGCGCACUCGCGUGUAGACGAGGAGCCCCCUAGGAUCUCCGCGUCGUCGGACGAUUCUGGGGGCGACCCACAUGCUGGCCUCUCGCUCUCGCCCAACGGACGUGGGGAUCUUGGUUUAGGCGGAGGUUUUGCGACGAUUAGCGAGCCGAUCAACUCUGUUAUCAAUAUCGAAGAAGAUCUCUCGCCUUCGCCUCCCGGAGACGGUUUCUUGCCGCGCUCUGUUUCCCAGAGACAUGCAGACAGUCUCCUGAGCCCUGACACGGACUCAUACUAUGGCGCAAACAUGCAAAGGUCCGGAACUCAGAUAUCAACAAUGUCGCAAAAGAAAUCGCCCCGCCGUAGUACGUCCGUGCGUCGGUCCGAUCGCGAACCCCUCGAUUCCACUCCUCUCGCCUCAGACCGCUCACACCUAAUCCCGCCACCUCCAAGCUACACUGCGAACCGCGCCGAAGACGACAUUGAAGCGCUGUACAAGUCCGCGAGCCAGUACACCUCCGCCGCCGCCCCACUGGAACGCACACGGUCCUCCCGCAGCGCUGCUCACGCACUCGCAAGCCCGCUCUCCCCGACUGACCGCACUCCGUCAUCUCGCCAGGCAAACCGCACCAACACCCGCUCGUCCCGCCAUCGGUCCCACCGCCAGAAAUCUGACGACGACAGCGACUCGACACCGCUGGCACGUACCAUCUCGCAGCGGACGGCGGUACCACUCCAGCGGUCAGGAAGCAGCGGCAGCUCACACCGCCCCAGCGCAAUUACAGCGACUGCAGCCAACGUCAAGCGCACCCCAACAAGCCGUUCCACCCGCCGCGCCCCCACCGACACCAAUCAACCCCUCUCCUCCCAAUCCCAACGCAAACCCGAAACCCGCACCUCCCGCCCCUCGGAAGACGACGAAACGCCACUCGCCUCCGUCGCCCUCAUGGCCCUGCAAGAACAGAUGAGCGCCCUCCAACAGCAGCACCAACACCAACAACAACCGGCAACACGCGCACCCUCGACGCGCCGCACGGCAUCGCAACGUAGACCGGGCGAUAUGUCGUCGUCGCAGCAACGGCUGGUCAGCCCGAGGUUCUCGUAUGAGGAGGAAGGGUAUGGUGAGGGUGAGGAUGAUGAGGAUGUGCCGCUGGGGUAUGUGGAGCCGGAGAGGAGACGGGGUUAAGGAUGGGGGCGUAUAUAUGUGGACAUGUGAAAUAUGUGCUCAUGACGCUGCUAUGUGGGGGCCGGAUCCUUACAGCAUUAACAUUUGGCUCGAUUUUUCAUGUCGGACCAACCUUCGGCGUAUCUGUGUAUCUGUGCCAUUCAUUACACUACCUGACCGUAUAUUCUUUAUCCCCCUCCCUACCAUGUAUAUACUCCUAUAUGUAUUACUUAGUCUGCUUUCUUUGAUAGAUCACUCUUGAUUGAUUCCUCUACCUCGGCCACUCGAACGGACACGCAAUCUGCGGAUGGUGCUUGGAUAUGAUGUUGC